AUGUCCAGCGAACCCCAUAACAAUGCGCGUGGGCGAUCUACGUCUCGUUCGAGAACAUCACGGCCGACUACACCAUUGCGCCCAUCCUCGCGCUCCUCCUUUCGCGAAUCAGCAAGAGCGAGCACCGGACCAAAUGCUGAUGCAUUUCCUCUUGCCACGUUCGAACCUGCAUUUGCCGAGCUCUCUGAUGCCAUGGCUGACUUGGAGGCCAACAUGAUGCACUUUCAGCUCAUGCAUGAAAGUUUGUCACGCUUCAGCGAGUCGUUCGCGAGUUUCCUUUACGGGUUGAAUAUGAAUGCCUUUUGUGUCGAUUUUCCUGAAGGGCCUGUUGCCGAAUCAUUCCGCCGAGAUAGGCAACAUGUCGAUUUGCAAGGACUACCGACACGUCUUUCAUCGACAACCCUCCACCAUCCUCCAGGCCUGUUCCAAGGCAUAAACCCUCAGAGCCCUCGAUUUCGCGAGUGCCAGCCCCUUCAGCCCGGGGCGCUGCAUCCACCCGAGGGACCGGAGGUGGGCGUCGUGUGGCUUCCGGAAUACAAAGGGGUCGAAGCAGUGGAUUACCCAGAGGUCGAGGGGUUCGAUGAGGGCCCUGCUUCCUGGUAA